GAAUUAAGUAAAUUGGAAAAUCAUCUUGGCAGUGGAGCGGAAGGCGGCGGCAGCUGAACGACUGCAAGAGCGAAAAUUCCGACGAUUCGAAGGGGAAGAAGCCGGAGAUGGAGGCUGGACAGGCGGCGGAUCAGCGAGGGCUUCCGCUGUCAGAGGUGGUUAACGACUGCGUACACCGCUGGUUCCAAGACACGCUCAAGGAGGCCAAAACUGGCGAUAUCAAUAUGCAGGUGCUCGUCGGCCAGAUGUAUAAUUGUGGCUAUGGCAUCUCCAAAGACGCUAACAAGGGGAAGAUUUGGAUACGUAGGGCUUCCAGAGUCAGGUCUUCGGUCUGGAAAGUUUGCAAUAAACGACCCGGUUAUACUGCGAGUGAUUCAGAUUCUGAUUCAGAGUCAGGUUCAGAUACAGAUUAAUUGGUGGGUGAUUCUUGAUCCAGCCAGCUAUGUGCUUUGUUAAUCAACUUGAAGGGUGAUGAAGAUGUUGAUGCGCUAAAUUUAUUGGUUGUGUGUGCUUGAUGGCAUCCUUAGCUCGAAUAUCCUUGUUAAAGUUGCUGCCAAAAGGGUGUUAGUGUUUCUGUGGACUCAUAUGUACUUUUAAUUCAUGUGAUCAUGUCAAAUUAUUAAUUUAGCACAUGUUUUAAUAUGCUUGAACAAAAAGAUAACUUUAGUUAAAUGUACUCUGUUAUUCUUAA